AUCGAUAAAUUUUUUGUAGGUGUGCUUCAGCCUGUUGGACGAGUUUUAGGCGCGUUCUCCGCGAAUUCAUGGCGUAAAUUCAUUUGUCAUCAUUUCUUGUUUCACUAAAAUAUUACUACUCACUCAAUAAGUACUAAGUACACGGGUAUGAAUUUUGAUUUGGUCCAGCAUAACCGGAUCAGCACGAUCAUCUGUCAAUUAUGUAGUUUUUUGUUUUUGCUGAUCGUGCUGCAAAAUAACAGCAUUUAUUAUUAGCGGCGUCAGUGGCAUCCCAGCCCACAAUGUGGCGCAACAAUGGCGCUGCUUGCAAUUUACCCCCCCGAUCAACGCGUUGGUGCGCCGUUAUCUGGCUGCGUUUCGCUUGAUCGGCGACUGAUCAGCAGCCGCGUGUUUUGCUCGUCGAUUCGCUCAAGGAGCUCGCUCCAUCUUGCCCGAUAACUGGUUGAUCGAAUGUCUGCUGAGUUGGUUGACUGACUAGUUGGCUGCUGAUUAAAUUUGUCUGGCUAUUUGUCUCGUCAUAGCGUUGUAGCUGCUGUAGUGUCUGGUCAGUUGGCUGGGUGUCUGGUUGGGUGUGCGAUUUCCGCGAUUUUUUUUGCUUUUUUAAUGAAAGCUGUUUGCUUGUUAAAAGUUGAUUGUCUCCAUGGAGUAAUGAUGAUUGCACCGAAAGCAUUAUGGACACAUAAAACCUCGUAAAAGUUCGCCAAACAGUCCACAGUGAAGUCGUGAGCGCGAAGCGGACACUUGUCUGAGUGUGUGUGUGUGUGCGACAAAAUGGGCACAAAGAUCGAGUACGUGGACACGACGCAUCUCUAUGCCACCAAAUACAUACGCAACUCAAAGGCCAUAGCUGUACUCUGGGCGAUAUUCACAAUAUGUUACGCGAUUAUCGGCAUUGUUGCCUUUGUGACGCCAGAAUGGGUCGGUGAUCCGGACAAUGAAAGUGCGGGACGCUUGGGUCUGUGGCAGAUGUGUCAGCGCGAUGAGAUAUUUGACAAUUGCAAGCGACGUUGGGAGACCAUACUCACCGUGCCGACAUUCUCGUUUCAAUUGGCAACAUUCUUUAUGGUUGCGGCGGUGGCAUUGGCCUUGCUGACAAUCUGCUUUUUGGUAUUCUUGAUCUUCAUGAAAUCAACGAGAGUAUUUCACAUAUGCGGCUGGAUGCAAAUCAUAUCAGCGCUUUGCAUGAUCGUCGCCUGUGCCGCCUUCCCGUUCGGCUGGAACUCCGAUGAUUUUCGUAAAAUCUGCGGUCCCGAUGCGAAUCGCUUUGAGCUCGGUCUAUGCGGCAUUCGUUGGGCCUAUCCGCUUGCCAUAAUUGGAUGUGUCGAUGGUGUGGUCCUAGCCACACUCGCCUUCAUACUUGCCACGCGCCAUGUGCGCCUACAACCCGAUCCACUCUAUCAGAGUUCACUCUACAAAGGUGAGAUUAACAACGCUUACAUUACAGACGCUGUCAGUCUAGCCGGCUCACGGAAAUCGCUGAAUCUGCAGCCAAUUCUGCUGGUGGCCCCACCACACAAUAUGCCCGCAAAUGGCGAUGACACGAUAUCGCAGUUCUCCUCGCGCACACCCAAUCAUCGAUAUCGACCCGACUAUCCGAUGCAUCAGUUUUGAGUGAAUUUGUCGACCCGGCGUUUGUGAAUUGUGAUCCUUUUGUGUGUUUCAUAUUUUCUUCUGUUUUCGUUUUGCUUAUUUUGAUUUGAUUUUCUUUUUUGUUUUCUGUUGAUAU